UGUUAGCCAGAUGGGCAAUGUCGCUUUAGACAAGAGAAGACGGCAAAGAACGCCGUUCACCCGCUGUUUGGACUUUAUCUGAGUAGGGACUCGGUUGUGUAGCAGCGACCCUCCUCCCCACAGCACGUCGCGGUUUGGAUGGGGGCGGACAUGGUAAAGUUAGCCCAGCUAACUGACAUGGCGAGCUGUGAUGGCGACGUGACUCAGUUGCUCAGGGAGCGGAGCGGGAAGUAAAAAGGUUCAUCUAGCCGCGCUAUUGCCACUCCAAGCCCCACAAAAACCCACCGAAAGGGCUUUCCCAACCCGAUGUGAUAGAGACUUUGUGUUCAUGAUCCAAAGUCCUUCGAGCUGGACUCCGUAGAAUAGCCGGAGAGAUGAAGGCAGCAGACGAGCCUGCCUACCUGACAGUGGGGACAGAUGUCAGUGCCAAGUACAGAGGAGCCUUCUGUGAAGCCAAAAUCAAGACUGUUAAACGCAUGGUCAAGGUGAAGGUGACUCUGAAAGGUGAGAGUACGUCUCAGGUGGUACAGGACGACCAGGUCAAAGGUCCACUGAGGGUGGGCUCCAUUGUGGAGGUGAAGACCAACGAGGGUUCAUGCAGUGAGGCCAUCAUCAGUAAGCUGACGGACGCUAGCCUCUAUACUGUGGUGUUUGAUGACGGAGACGAGAAGACUCUCCGUCGAACGUCGCUGUGUCUGAAGGGAGAGAGACAUUUUGCAGAGAGUGAGACGUUGGACCAGCUGCCGUUGACCAACCCGGAGCACUUUGGUACUCCGGUUAUCGGUAAAAAGUCUAACCGAGGCGGGCGGCGCUCAUCCCAGGCUGUUGCUGAUGAGGAAAACGACACUUCAUCCAGCGAGGAUGAGGAGGAUGACAGGAGGCGGCUGAGUGAUGAGCUGCUGGGUCAGGUCUGCAGCAUAGAGAAUGUGGAGGAUUCCUGCAGCUGGUUCCUGGCACUGGUGGUGUCUCCCAGCUGUAACGAUGAGCUGGUGGUGAAGAAGGAUCAGUGUCUGGUCAGGUCCUUCUGCGAUGGAAAGUUCUGCAUCGUGGUGAGGAGACAUGUCCACCCCGUCAACUCCCUCAGCAUCUCCAAGUUCUUUAACAGGAAAGGUCACGAAGGAGCCCAGAUAUUUCUGAGGGGCAGGGAGGUUCCAGAUGUGUGGAAGAUGGAUAUGAGUCAGAUCCUAGACUCGUCCUCCAGUGAAGAUGAUGAGGAUAAGGAAAGUGAAGAAGAGGAAGAAGAAGACGAUGAUGACGAUGAAGAUGAAAAGAAGAAGAAACACAUGAAGGAGGAGCCGGAGGAGGAGGCAGACCCUGAGGAGAGGGACCGCUUCCUUCAGCAGCUCUACAAGUUCAUGGAGGACAGAGGAACUCCCAUCAACAAGCCUCCGGUGCUGGGGUACAAAGACCUGAACCUCUUCAAGCUCUUCAGGCUGGUGUAUCACCUGGGAGGCUGUCACAAGAUCGAGUCCGGCACAGUCUGGAAACAGGUCUACGUGGAUCUGGGGAUUCCAGUUCUCAACUCUGCUGCAUCCUACAAUGUCAAGACGGCCUACAAAAAGUAUCUGUACGGCUUCGAGGAGUACUGCCGUUCAUCCUCCAUUACCUUCAGGACCAUCCAUCACAAUGACCCCAGUCCUCACACUGUGCUGGCCAAUCACAAGAAAGCUAAGGUGGAGCCUAAAGAGUCGCCCACACUGCAUGUGAAGGCGGAGCCUAUCGAAGAAAAGAGAGAGGAGCCAGAGACAGAGAGUGAGAGUGAGAAAGAGAUGGAGAGGCAGUCAUCUCCCAGGGGGAGGAGGAGGUGUGGGGGGGGUCGGCUGAAGCUGGCCUGCAGACCUGAGAGUCUGGGGAGAGGAGGAGGAGGAGAGAACAGUGAGGAGCAGCAGAGGGAGGUGAGGAGACACAGCAACAGAAGAAUGGACGACUCUGAGAAAGGCUCUGAUGAUGAGGAGGAGGACGAUGAGGAGGAGGAAGGGGAGGAGGACUCACGGACAGGAGACAGGAGUGAGGAUGAGGAGGAUGAAGACUCGGUGACAGGGACAAAGGUUAGGGUGAAGUAUGGCCGAGGGAAGACGCAGAAGAUCUACGAGGCUCACAUCAAGAAGACUGACAUGGACAAUGGAGAGCAGUUCUACCUGGUUCACUACUAUGGCUGGAACGUCAGGUACGAUGAGUGGGUAAAGGCUGACCGCAUCAUCUGGCCCACAGAGAAGGGAACAAAGAAACGACAGAGGAAGAAGGUAAAGAACAAAGACAGGGACGAAGCAUACAAGGAUGAGGAAAAACCAUCAUCGGUGGUGGCAGUCAAACCAACACCUGUGAAACGUGGUCGUCCUCAGAUCAGGAACAUGUCCAUUGGACGCAGUGUCUCCAAAACCCCCAGCAGCGAUGGACAGUCCAAUGGCAAGAGCAGCCGGAUGGACACAAUAUCUAACUUGGCCAACGGAGAUGAAACUCCUCGGCGAAGGACGAGACGGACGUCCGGGAUGUACGACUCUGACCACGCUUCAAUUGAGGAUUCUGGGAACUCCUCAGAUGACAGCGACUCAGAAGACAAGCCUGACAAAAAGCCGUUGCCAUGGCGAGGGAGGCUCGAAGCUUGCCAACCAGAGCCAAAGGAGGAGGAGGAGGAGGAGGAGGAAGAAGAGGAGGAGGAGACCAGGGAGUUUUCUGAUGUCGCAACACCAGCUAACGAUGACAAUGUGGGUGCCAUAGCAACGGCUGUCCAACUGCCAGCUGCCACCAUCGCCUUGUGUCCCAGCAUGCAUCAGGAGAAAGCGGACGGAGUCCUGAACCGAUUAGAGGAGAAGGAAGCCAAGCAGGAGGAGGAGCUUGCAGGAGCAUCCGAAUUGACUAGGACGGCAUCUGUCCAUGACGAGAAGACGUCACCUGGACAGGAGGGGCUCCAGAAGCUGUCCCCCAGCAGAAUGACGCCACCUCCUGAAACAAAGCAGCCUGAGUCUUCGUCCCCCACUGUCCCCCAGGCCAGCGACCACUCCACCCCCACAUCCUCCCCCAGAGUUAAAGGUCGCAGGAGCAACCCCAGGGAGCCGGGCUCCGAGACCCCUCCCACUGUUACCAACGUCCCCACCAUCCCCAGCCCCCCCCAGGCAGAGGUUCCUUCUCCUCCUCGCAGCGUUCUCCGGAGACAGGAGGAGCCCAUGGUGGUUCUCCACUGCCUCCCCACACAGCACCUCCCCACCAAGCCGCUGAUCACCACCUCGGAUACAGACUCUGCCACCGAGGAGGAGGAGGAGGAAGAGGAAGAGGGGGGGGGAUCACCCAGGGAAAGGAGCAGCGCAGCGCUGAAGAGGAAGGCAGUGGAGCAGAGGACGGCGGAAAAGAAGCUCUGCUCCGACCAGAGGCAGGAGGAGGCUUCCUCCACCAAAACUCCCCCCUCCACACCCAAGACAGCUGCCGGAGUCUCCCCCAGAACACUUGUCUCCCCCUUACGCUCAGAUAGGAGGAGCGAGGGAGCAGUGAAGGCAGAGGACUGGACCCAUCCCGAGGAGGAGAAGAAGGCGUCAGAGGAGCAUCAGACAGGUGAAACGAAUAUUGACCCAGAGGUACAUGGUGGUACACCACCCUUUGCUCUAGAGACCCCCGCCCCUACUGAGGAGCUGCAGCCGGAGAUUGACCCCGAGUCUCUGGUCUGCCAUGAGGUGGACCUGGACGACACCGACGAGAAGGAUAAACCUUCAUCAGAACACCUCCUCCUGAUGGUGAGGGACCAGAAAACAACUCCACAUCCUCUGACCCAUGUUGUUCACGCCUCUCCCUCCUCACAUCACCUCCCCCAGCCUCAGGUUAGACCCUUCUUAAUAGCUGCCACCCCCACCCCCUCCUCUGAGGAGCCCCAUCCGGACAAGGCUGCUGCUGAGGAGGAGCAAGGAACCACCAGGGUGGAGCAGGAAGGAGACUCCAGCCCUGGGUUUGAAGGCAGCACCUCCUCAUCCUCUACCUCCCUGCUGUCGCUGCAGGAGAACAAGGACCGAGGCCAGAAGAGGCUGAACGACUGUGGCUCUAGUCCUUCUGCCAAAAAACACAAACGGAACCAGAAACAGCCAAAUACCCCUGCCAAGGUGGACAAGAAUGGAGCAGGUCACAGCAGUGACAGUGAAGACCAGUCUCGUCUCUCAUCGCUGUCCAAAUCCCAGAAAUCUCGUUGUCCUGGUCUUUCAUCUCCAGCUGCUCACAGCAAAGACAAAGGGAGCUUCCCGUCCCCUCAGCGCUCCUACAAAUGGACCCUCCAGCUAGACGAGUUGGACGGCAUGUCGAGCACAGAACGGAUCUCCUUCCUUCAGGAGAAGUUGCAGGAGAUCAGGAAGUACUACAUGAGCCUGAAGUCGGAGGUGGCCUCCAUUGACAGACGCAGGAAGAGACUAAAAAAGAAGGAGAGGGAAGUGUCAAACACCACGGCCUCCACCUCAUCGGGGUCCUCAGACACGGGUAUGAGUCCGUCCUCGGCCUCGCCCACUCAGAACACUGUGGCUGUGGAGUGCAGGUGAUGACACGCCCACUGGGGCCCCACAGCCUUGCUGUGCUGAUGGCUGAUGGGAACCGGCCACAAGGAGGCCCCGCCCCCUCACCUGUGGACUGACCUCCUGUUUGAGGAGACUGUUAAAGUCUACUCCCGUCUGCUGAGCUGGUGCAAGCCUUUCCUUUCAUUCUCGCCCCGAGAAUCAGACGAGUCAGAUUCCUCUUCCUCUUCCAGGUUCCUCUGCUUCACUUCCUUUUCCUCUUGUUUAUUUCAAACACGAUCAGAGUUUUUAUGUUUAUUAACUUUGUUCAUGAACUGUUUGAGUAAAAUAAUGAACCUUUGAGUAUUUAUUGGCUGUGAACAGAACUUUUCCAUGUUUGGGUUCUCAUGUCAAAUUUAUUUACACAAAUGGAUCAAAAUCCACAUUUUUACCAGAAAAUCUCAGAUUUUUACUUGAAAAGCUAAAUUCUGCUGUUGGACACAGCUGAUGUUUGAUUUGGUUUCUUCAUAAAUUAAUUUAGCCUCAGACUCAUGUAGUCUUGAUUUCCCUGAAACUCUGUUUUAAAUGUUUUAUAAAGUUUCAUUGAUUUAAACAGAUUUGGAUGUGGUUUUGUCCAAUCCGACAACUCCUUGGUUCUCUAAAUCAAACUGACCUCUUCCUGACUCGAAUCCUGCUGUUUCUGGUGAUAAAUUUGCACUUUUUCUGGAUUAAUCUGACUCUGUCUUCAUGGUUUUGUUUGUCCAGUCAUCCCUCCAGAGGCUCCUCCUGUUUGCCUUUACUUUCUGUUCUGUUUUUUUGUGCAUUGGUUCAGGCAGACGGCUGCUUUCAGCUCCUUGACACUUGUUUGUUUUGUACAUAAAAGCAGAAAAAAGAAUAAAACACCUGUAUUUGAGAAUUACAUUUUACACGCCUGCAAAGAUACUUUCUAAUAUUUUCUAAGAGAAAACUGUUUGUACUGUAGUAUUAUGAACUCCUCGGUUGUUUUUGUUUUUCCUUAUGUGGUGUUUUGCUGGCGGUGGUCUGAGAGCGAAAACUGUAAAUAUGAAAACACACUUCCUCCUUCAAACAGAAGCCACGCUGAAAGGUGUGUGCACAAGCAGCGCUCUGUUUCUAAUAAAGUUUUUAACCGUU